AUUUUUGGAUCACUGUUAGUUAAUUAAUAAUCUCAUGUAUUAUUUAAACUCAAAGUCAGUGAGUGCUGUAUAUAUAUCCAAGUUUUCAAAGAAGUACAAGUGACAGCACACUACCAAGCAGGAAGCUAAAGAUUCCUUAACUACCAAUUCCUCUCUUGAAGGCUGCCUAGUUAAUAAUUAUCAUUUAUGCAAAUAGAUCAAAGCCAGACUGACGACUUUCAUUCAUUCCAACAUGCAAAAACAGAGCUGAACAUUUCUGUCAAAAAACUAUCCAGGGAAAGAUACAUGAAGUAAAUACUAGGACAAUGGAAAGACCACUCGAGGCUACGAAGAUGGAGAACAGCACUUCUUCCUGCUUUUUCAUGGAAAGAAAGACUCAUGUGAAGGCUAAUAGGAAAGAGAUGGUGCUAGCCAAGCUGAGAAAGAGCUUCUCCUGCACCCCAAAGAAACUGAAGAACUUUGUCAUGGACUUCUUUCCUGUUUUACGAUGGCUUCCCAAGUACCAGUGCAAAGAGUACAUUUGGGGUGAUGUUAUGUCUGGGUUAGUGAUUGGGAUCAUUUUGGUGCCCCAAGCAAUCGCAUACUCACUGCUGGCAGGCCUGAAGCCCAUUUACAGUCUUUACACAUCUUUCUUUGCCAAUAUCAUCUAUUUCUUAAUGGGCACAUCUCGUCAUGUCUCAGUUGGCAUUUUCAGCUUGAUAAGUUUAAUGGUGGGACAAGUUGUGGACCGAGAACUUCUCUUAGCUGGGUUUGACUUGAAUGACGAUGCCACACCAGCCUUGGGUCAUGGCUCCCUGCAGAGUGACAGCCAAUCCAACACAACUGUCUUCAAUCUUACCACUGAGGGGAUGAAUGCUGAAUGUGGAAAAGAAUGCUAUGCCAUCGGCAUUGCUACAGCCCUGACAUUUGUAGCUGGAGUGUAUCAGGUUCUGAUGGGAGUCUUUCGUCUGGGUUUCGUAUCUAUGUACCUGUCUGAGUCUGUUCUAGACGGCUUUGCAACUGGUGCUUCCUUAACCAUUUUAACAGCUCAAGUGAAGUAUCUGAUUGGAAUAAAAAUCCCACGUAGCCAAGGGCACGGGAUGCUUGUUAUCACUUGGAUUAACAUUUUCAGGAACAUUUCUCAGGCUAACAUUUGUGAUAUCAUUACAAGUGCCAUUUGUAUUGUAGUGCUGGUUACUGCUAAGGAACUGGGAGAUCGGUAUAAGCAUAAGCUGAAAUUCCCUCUUCCCACAGAGCUGGUAGUUAUUGUUGUGGCGACAUUAGUGUCACAUUAUGGAAACUUAAAUGAAGUGUAUUCAUCCAGUGUUUCUGGAGCUAUUCCAACAGGAUUUAUUGCCCCCAAGGUACCACGUUUUGACUUAAUGAUCCGUGUUGCUGUAGAUGCCUUACCUCUUGCUGUAGUCAGCUUUGUCUUCACUGUAUCCCUUUCUGAAAUGUGUGCAAAGAAAUACGCUUACACUAUCCGAGCCAAUCAGGAAAUGUUUGCUGUAGGGUUCUGCAACAUCAUUCCUUCAUUCUUCCACUCUUUUGCAACGAGUGCAGCUCUCGCGAAAACACUUGUGAAAACAUCUACAGGCUGCCAGACUCAGGUCUCUGGAGUGAUUAGUGCAAUGGUGGUUUUGCUGGUACUACUCUUUUUGGCACCUCUCUUCUACUCCUUGCAGAAGUGUGUCCUGGCUUGUAUCAUCAUUGUCAGCCUUCGAGGAGCUCUGAGGAAGUUCCGAGAUGUGCCAGCACGGUACCAUGUGAAUAAGGUGGACACAGUGGUCUGGGUUGUUACUAUGUCUGCCUCUGCCUUGAUCAGCACAGAAAUAGGGCUACUAGUUGGCAUUGUUUUCUCUAUGUUAUGCAUCAUUGUUCGGACACAGCAGCCACGGACAGCCUUGCUUGGUCAAAUCCAAGAUACCAACUUUUAUGAGGAUGACUUAGAAUAUGAAAAUCUCUCUUCUGUUCCAAAGGUCAAAAUAUUCCGUUUUGAGGCACCACUUUAUUAUGCAAAUAGAAACUAUUUCCUCAAGUCUCUGUACAGAUUGACUGACUUAGAUCCUAACUUAGAAGCUGCUAGAAGGAAGAAAUAUGAGAAGAAGGAAAAGCAGCAUCUGAAAAAAGGAAAUCACCCAGCUGUUAACGGACUGGGCAGGAGAGACAUCACUCUGCAACUAGUUCCUAAGCAAAUUGAUUUUCAAGCCCUCGUUGUAGAUUGCUCUUCCAUCCCAUUUUUGGACACCACUGGAGUUAAUACUCUAAAGGAAAUUCUAAAAGACUACAAAGAGUUAAAUAUUUCUGUUCUCUUAGCUUGCUGCAAUCCCUCAGUGAUAGACUCUCUGAAAAGAGGAGAUUACUUUGGGAAAGAUCUUGGAAGUAUGCAGGAAAUGCUGUUCUACAGUAUACACAAUGCUGUGCGGUUUGCAAAAGACCAGAAGCUUCCAGCAGACUGCUCUGUUUAAUCCCAUGAUUUCCUUGACAAUAUGCUGAAGAAAGUCACAGAAGAAGAAGGGCAGUUUGCAAUAAUUAUCAGACACACUUUGUACAGCAAUGGGCCUACAAGGCAUUUUUCUCUGAAGAGUUCUGCAAUUUACUGGAUGCCACUUAGAAUAGCCUCUGGAGAUGCAGUCUGGGACCAGGUUGGAACAAGCUGGAUAAUUGUCUGCACCUCAACUUCAGAAUGUGAGUGAAAAAGAAGUGAAUCUUGGGGCAGUUUUCCUCCUUUUGUCACAAUAACACGUGACCAAAUGUAUGUGUCAUGAGUCUUUUGUGCCAGGAAGUCUGUCAAGAGCCAUCUGCCUCUCCCAGUGGUUAGCAUUAAGAAGGAUGAGCCAUCUCCAUUAAAACACAAUGGAUCUAUGAUCAAGGACACAUAAUGGUUUAAACUCUUGCAAAGCCCUGUCCAUUCCAUCAUUCAAGACAUGCUCCUUAGCAACUCCCACUAUCCGCAAACAAAUAAAAUGUAUAAAAUAUUGUGGGAUGUAUUCUGUCUUUCCUCAUCACCUUGAUUGCAUGGGCAUAAUGACAUGACUUGCCACAAGAGAAGAAAUUGCAGUCUACCACAAAUUCUUCUAAAAACCAUCUUCUCCAAGAUAACGUCCUGGAGUCACUUGUGUUAUUGGAACUACCAUAUGGUAAUUAGUUACUGAAGGUUUUGACACCUCUGGUAACACAGGAAGAAACAUGACCCUGAUGCACAAUUUUUUUGUGCCUAGUGAAACAGGAUAAAUGGGAUUAAGAAAAGAGAAUGGCUUUUCCGGCAAUCAUACAGUUACCAUAGUAGUUACUACCAGUCUGUCAAAAUGCGUUACCUCUGUUGGUGCAACACUAAUUGAGGGACACACAAGAAUCACUAAAUAUAAAUCCCAAGACUGUGAUGCAGCACAGCAUGAUCUUCCUACAACAGCCUGUAAAGGUACAAGUGUAAGUGAAGAAAACGAGAGAAAAGAGGAUAGGGUGAGAAGUUAAAUCUGUGAUCUGUUAUGUAGAGGAAUGGCUAGUCAGUCAAAAAUGCCAGGCUGGUACUCUCUGAUGCACUCCUAAUGAAGUAUAGUCCACAGCAGUAUAACCGAUGCAAGCAAAGCAAUGCUUCGUAAGUUGUGUAUCCCCACAUUCAAGAAAAAUCUCACCAUAAUACAUUCUACAUACUACUGACAUUUUUCCCCAUCAUGUAAUUCUUUGAUUAUAGGUCCAAUAACCCAUGUUUUACAGGUCUGUGUUAAUUUUCAUGACAAUUUGCAUUAGGAGUUGUUCAUUUUGUAUGGUGUCAAAUGAUACCCUCAGAGUCACUUUUGUUGUUCUAUAUGUAUGUUCUCUCUAUGCAAAUAAGCACACAUCCAGAUUUUGAUUCUAGCACCAUUGGUACUUAGUAUUCUAGCAUAUGGCAUUGGCAGAAAACUCUUACACUGAAGUUUAUAACUACCCACAUGAAAGGUAGGACAGCUGCCCUACCUUUCUGUUCUUAUUCACGGCUGGUUCACACAUGGAACCAAGCAUAGAAGGAAACUGUCACACCUGUGCUUCGUACACUUAGCAGACACCAGAUAUAGGUUACGUGUAUGCUGAAACUAUUUCUUUGAUAUGUCAUUAAAACAAAUGCUAAAUUGACACAUCAUAUGACUUGCUUAUUUCAACUUUCAGGUCACUGAAUGAAAGAACACUCAAACUGAGGUUCUCCAGGUGCCCCAGAGCCUGUCUGGCUCUCAAGAACAAAUAUUUCAUUAAAACAAAAAAAGCAACGCAUUCCCAAAAGACAAAAUAAGAAGUAUCUUAAUAGAGAUUGAGAAUAGCAGAGUACUAGGUAAGUGACUCAACGCUGACAUUCUCAUCCAUUCAUUACAGAAAAGUCUAUCAACUGCACAUUGUUACGCUGCCAGAGCAGUAAAAUGGAUAGAAAUGCCUGUCAGAUAUUACAAGAUUGAACACUGGCAGUUAUUUUCUGCCAUAAAACAAUUAAAUAAUAUAAUUCUUUAAAGUGCUGACUUGGUACGACUGGCUUAUUUUUGUCAUAAAAACAAAUGGACAAAGUCCAAGGACAAAGUGUUGUGUUUAUUUUUGUUUGUAACCAUUAUUUGAUCCAGGAAUAUCUCUUUUAAUGUUUUGCCAAGAACUCACAAGAGGAAGUGGUAAUCCUAGCAAUCUACACUUUUUUUUUUAAUUUAUGGGUCAAAUUACCAACCUAGAAUAUAAAAGGGAAAAAAAUCUAAGUACCUUUUAUGCUUGAUGAAUGUCAUCUAAGAAAAGAAAAAAAAAGAAAGAAAAAUGAUGACUCCCCUGGAAAGUGGAUGCUUGCAACAGUUUCUGAGGAAAAAUAACUAGAAGCUGCCAUGCAAUCCUUUUUUAUCCAUCAGACUGAAAAAUCAAAUCAGAAGCCUCUUUUUCAUCAUAUUUUUUGUAGGAGUAGCACCAAAGGAGAGCAGAGAAACUCUUCUAUGCAUAAGAGGGGGCAUGAGCUUUAAUACUUUUACUAGAAGGAAACCAUCAACCAGAAAGUGUAAGAACUGUUACCUGUUUCAGUUUCAUUGACAGAUCUGGCUCACAAUCAAGUUGACUUGGACAACAUAAAACACAGCAAGGAAACAGCCUUUAGUGUGAUUAUGUAGGGAUGCUGGGAGAUUGUGAAUUAUUUCUGAGUAUGCAAAAUGUAACAAAAAAAAAAUGUAAGCCUUUUUUCAGCAGGUUAAUGUUUGCUAUACUGCAUUAAAGCAAGACAAAGCGUCUGAAGACUGAAAAUGUUACAAACUGCCAAUUCUCUUCUCUCCUAUUGUACCCUGAACUAUGUACUGUGACUUGGAGAGGAGCUGGGGAUACUACUGUAAUUCCAACUAGGUUAAUACUAAUUUUGAAAUAAAACUGUUAUAUGCCUAUUAGAAAAUGUUAUAUCUAUAAUGUAUAUUGACUAUAUUUUUGUCCACUGUGGUGCCUUGCACAAAUCAUGUAUCCAACAAACUGUAGUACAGCUACACAACAUUAUGCUGUUAUUGGGACCUUCUCUUGGGACUGCGUGAAUCCCAUGGAGCUGGGCAUAAGAGUUGAGAGUAUUUACCUCCAACUCUCCUUUCAACUACUGGCAGGAUAGCCAGAAUAUGUCGUCUAGGUUCCAGAAUAGUUGCAUUUACUGGGACUGGCAAAUAACAUCCUGGGAACUGUCCAGUCCAUGAAAGAGACUUUGAGAUCCAGUGUAACCACGAAUCCUAUGUCUCAUGACGUGGAUACAAAUGCGUGCUUUUGGCUGGAAAAUAAAACUAGCAGUUCUUUAAGCUCAC